AUGGGUGUUUCUCAACAGCCUCUUCUUGAAUCCCUUGAAUUUCUCAACAAAUUACUCAAACAAUCCCAGACCAGGAGAAAACGGUCUUCCCAACGAGUUGGUAGCAUCAAAAGAGGACAUAUCAAGAACAGAAAAUCAAGAAUGAAGAAGAGGGCACUUCUAGAUCGGUCCCGGAGACCGGUCCGCCCAGCUGGAAACCAGAUUCAAAGGAAGGUAAGAACCCUGAAGAAACUUAUUCCAAACUGUGAACCAAUAGGAUUGGACAGGCUUUUCAGAGAGACUGCAGAUUAUAUAAUAGCUUUGCAAAUGCGAGUUAAAGUCAUGCAAAUUAUGGUCAAUGUAUUUUCAGGUUCGAUGAGUGACUAA